ACCAUUAAGCAGACGAGCUGAAACCCUAGUGAGACACAGAGCCUAUCUUUACCCUUUGCUCUGUAGAGAACGCCAUCCGUGGAAAAAUGGCGACCGCCAAGACUGUAAAGGACGUGUCUCCUCAUGAGUUCGUCAAAGCUUACUCUGCCCAUCUUAAGCGAUCCGGCAAGAUCGAGUUGCCUCCAUGGACUGAUAUUGUGAAGACAGGAACACUCAAGGAGCUUGCACCUUAUGACCCAGAUUGGUACUUUGUUAGAGCUGCCUCCAUGGCGAGGAAGAUUUAUUUGAGGGGAGGCCUUGGUGUGGGUGCUUUCCGCAGGAUCUAUGGUGGAAGCAAGAGAAAUGGAAGUCGUCCGCCUCAUUUUGGAAAGAGCAGUGGUGCUAUUGCUCGUCACAUCCUGCAGCAAUUGCAGAAAAUGAACAUUGUUGAUGUUGACCCCAAGGGUGGGAGGAGAAUUACUUCGAGUGGUCAACGGGACCUUGAUCAAGUGGCCGGACGGAUUGUGGUUGCCCCUUGAUAAACUUAAAGUUGGGUAUGCUGCAGAAUACCAAUUUAUUUUGGUAGUUUUAGCUUUCUGUUUUAGUCUAUUGGAGAGAUUUUACUGCUUGAUGCUUAAACCAUAUUACAUGUUGUGAAAAGUUUUGGGUUCAAUUAUUACUGUCUUUGAGAUGAACAUGGUUCCUCCUGCUGUUGCUUUUUAUUUAUAAAAUUUAUGGUUUAACUCGUUAUGUUCAAA